AUGCGAUACGAAAUCAUUGCACCAAAUCCAUGGUAUCGUCUUGCUUUAUUGAUGACGACUAUGGGUGAACUCGACAUAGCACUCGAAAUAUUUACUAGUUUAAUGCAAACAUCAAUUGAAGAUGUAGGCAUAGAAAUUAAACAUCCAUAUGUUACCAAAUUACUCGAGUUAAUUGAAGAAUAUGUUUUAAAUAGUCCAAGAAUUUGUUUAGUAUUUGAAUUUAUGCAUACUGAUCUUGAAAAUAUUAUUAAUAAUAAUUUGCAUAAUAAUUGGAUGCUUCAUCGAGAUUUGAAUCCAAACAAUUUAUUAAUUGAUAAACGUGGUGUUUUAAAAAUAUCCGAUUUUGGUUUAGCAAACUUUUUCGGCUCACCAUCUGGAUUAAUAUCACAUGACGUUGUUACAAGAUAG